UCAGAAAGUGAGUUCAUUCCCUCGAGCAGAGGAGACCGAGCGUAGUCGUAAGGUUUUUGCCCUUCCGUUGAUAUCUAGCACCACGAACCAGCGAGACAACGGACAGACCUUUACACCGAGCCCGGCCAUGGACGAACAGGCGGGGCCCGGCGUGUUCUUCAACAACAAUAACAACUCUGUUUUAGCCGGCGGUGGGAAAGGACCGCUGCCUGAUGGCGACGCUGGGGAGGCGGCCAGGGCGCAGUACAGUAUCCCGGGGAUCCUGCACUUCCUGCAGCACGAAUGGGCCCGUUUCGAAGUAGAGAGAGCACAAUGGGAGGUGGAGCGCGCCGAAUUUCAGGCCCAAAUUGCAUUCCUGCAAGGGGAGAGGAAAGGUCAGGAGAACUUAAAGAAAGACCUUGUGAGGAGGAUCAAAAUGCUGGAGUACGCGCUGAAGCAAGAGAGAGCAAAGUACCACAAGUUAAAAUAUGGGACAGAGUUAAAUCAAGGUGACAUGAAGCCUCCGAGCUACGACUCAGAUGAAACCAACGAGAAUGAGUCUUCUGGAUCGCUCAACAAUCAGCUGUCCUGGAAACAAGGCCGUCAGCUCCUCAGACAGUACCUGCAGGAGGUGGGCUACACAGACACCAUCUUAGAUGUGAAAUCCCAGCGGGUCCGAGCGCUGCUAGGACUAGCUGGGGACGGAGGCGGGAGGACGGGGGAACGGACCAGUACUGAGCCUUUAGUCAAUGGGACAGACGCAUCAACAAAGGGCAGCAGAGGGAAAUCUGAGCUCUCUGACACCAGCGCUGUCCUGGAGGCCUUCAAGUUCAUCGAGAAUGCUGCAGCAGAGUUCAGCGAUGAAGAUGAUGAUGAGGACAGCGACGGGAGGGACAGGCCUCAUGUGGAGUCUAGGACGAUCCUGAGAAAGAAGCCCGCGUCUUCAACGACGCCGGCCAGUAUGGACACGAGCGAGGACCCUGACACAGAGGAGGCACUUAAGGGCUUUGACUUCCUUUCCAGUCCUGACGAGAUGGACACCUCACCGGAGUCCAGAGGCAACGGGGACGGCACAGACUGGGAGAAGGACGAGCAAGGUCCCAUUUCUGAGGCCUGGGACGUGGACCCGGGCAUGAUAACCAAACUCAAGGAGGAGUACAGAAAGGAGCGCAAGGGGAAAAAGGGGGUGAAGAGACCAAACCGGUCCAAGCUGCAGGACAUGCUGGCUAACCUGAGGGAUGCAGAGGACCUGUCCCACAUGCAGCCUCCACCAUCCACCACCCAAUCCCGACCCAACGCGGUCCGCUUCAACGAGCAUGAAGGGAACCGACCUGAUGAAGUUGAGGCGCUGACCUUCCCACCUACCUCUGGGAAGUCGUUCAUUAUGGGCACAGACGAGGCCAUGGAGAGCGAGCUUGGGCUGGGGGAGCUGGCUGGACUCACCGUGGCCAACGAGGCGGACAGUCUGGCGUACGAUAUUGGCAACAAUAAGGAUGCCAUGAGAAAAACAUGGAACCCCAAAUUCACUCUGCGGAGCCAUUUUGAUGGGAUUCGCGCUCUGGCUUUCCACCCGGUGGAACCCGUCCUGGUCACUGCCUCCGAGGAUCACACACUCAAGAUGUGGAACCUUCAAAAGACAGCUCCCGCCAAAAAGAGUGCAUCUUUAGAUGUGGAACCAAUCUACACUUUCAGGGCUCACAGGGGGGCUGUACUGAGUGUGGUGAUGAGCAGCACAGGGGAGCAGUGUUUCAGCGGAGGGGUGGACGGGACUAUUCAGUGCUGGAACACCCCCAACCCCAACAUCGACCCCUACGACUCCUAUGACCCAUCCAUGCUGCGGGGGGCGCUGUGCGGACACACCGACUCCGUAUGGGGUUUGGUGUACAGCAGUGCACACCAGCGCCUCCUCUCCUGCUCUGCAGACGGUACCGUGAGACUGUGGGACGCCAACACCACCUCCCCCGCCCUCGCAGUAUUCAACGAAGACAAAAAGCUGGGGAUUCCCUCAUCAGUAGACCUGGUGUGCAGUGAACCGGCCCACCUGGUCUCAUCCUUCACUAACGGAGAGAUCGGACUCUUCAACAUGGAGACCCGCCAGCUGGUCCUCAGUCUCGAGUCCAAUUUGGAGCCGGGCACUCCCUGUCAGAUCAAUAAGGUCCUCAGUCACCCGACCCUUCCCAUCACCAUCACGGCGCAGGAGGACAGACACAUCAAAUUCUUUGACAACAACAGCGGGAAGCUGAUUCACUCCAUGGUGGCUCACCUGGACGCUGUCACGAGCUUAGCUGUGGACCCUAACGGACUGUACCUCAUGUCAGGCAGUCAUGACUGCUCCAUCCGUCUGUGGAACCUCGACAGUAAAACCUGCAUCCAGGAGUUCACGGCUCACAGAAAGAAGUUUGAUGAGUCGAUCCACGAUGUGGCGUUCCAUCCAACUAAAUGUUACAUCGCCAGCGCCGGGGCCGACGCUCUCGCCAAAGUGUUUGUAUGACGCGGAGCUGCGUCGCCCCCUGCAGCCCCGCUCUCGGACUCAGCCUCCCAUGAUCAGGGACCAAUAGAGACACAUGAGUGGGAGGACCUUCAGGCAGGGGCCCAGUCCCACCUCUCACAGCCCACUGGUUUCCUGUCCCACUGGCAGACUAUGUAGCCUCAUAACGGACCGUGACUCUCCAUGACAAGGGUCGGCAGGGAGGGCAGUCUGGAGGAAAUCUGCUCUCUUGUCCCCCCCAUCUACCAUCCAGGCAGGCCUGGGUGUGACCCGCCACAGUGCCCCCCCUCCUCAGACAGACUAACCUCUGUAACUAGCAGGCUCAGGACAAGUGUUAAGAGUGAGGAGUGGAGAAAUUAGGUUUCAAGCCGGUCUUCUGCCCCUGUGACUUCACGUGCAUCCCAAAUCCCUCCCGCCCCUCAACCUUCCCGCUCUCUCAUACCAGGUCCGGGCUCUUUUACUCCAAGUCAGGUUUUGUGUUGUGUUGUUCCAGAAAUGUGGGGUACUGAAGGCUCACUGAAGCUGUCAUGGCAGCCUCUCACUUCUUCUUCUCCUCUGCUUCCCAGACUGACUCUGCUUGCUGGCCUGCCUUUAUUUUUUCCUUUUUAAAAACACGUAUUGACAAAUGUGCCUUUGCUUUAAAAGGUCUUGAAAAAUGUUAUUUUAUCAAGCUUGUUUUGGGGAACAGGGAGGGAGGGGACGGUGGAGAAACGGAGCUGGUUUAUCACAAUGUUGUCGAUUUUAACAUUGGAUGUAAAAUUACAAAUGCUUAUAAUAAACAAAAAUAUAUAUUCAGUCUUAAAAUUUACUGUGCAGCGUGAGUUUGAGUGCUCCUUUUUGAUAAGUGUGGUUGGGGAAUCAAUUUUGUGCAUUUCAAAGCUGGUAGAGUGAUACAGACCAUUAAAUAUAAUGCCUGUUUGUCAGAUUCAAGUAACUGUACACUUCCGAAGUAAGAUUGCAAGCAUAUGUGUCCAAAGUAAACCAUCUUGGUUAAAUAAUUAAAAUUCAAACUUCUAGAUGUCCAUUUUAGGAGUACUAACUAAUUUUGGCCAGUUUUCUCUUGUGUGAAUUGAAUGGCUUGUACUGUAUGUAGUUUUCCCCAAUUGUGCGGACAUGCUCGACUACAAUGUGAUGUAUCAUGUCCGGAUAUUUACAGUAGUCCAAUGUUUAGCAGAAAUUAGUGCAGUACUGUGGGACUACCUUGAAAUAAUGAGUUCACCAUCCAACACUGAGGGAAGACAAAGAAAUGUCUCCAGUUUACUGUGAGGACAAAGCUAUCCUGGGUUAAAAAAAACAAGUCAAUCAAGAUGUUGUACAUGUAGAGUGCAGCUUCAAAUGAGCCAUUUUCUCAGUCACUGGUUUGUAUAUGAAAGUAUGUUCAAAAUAAAACCUGCUGUAAAAUGUUUA